AUGGACGUCUUAUCGCCAACCGACCGACCGGACAUUUCAAGUAAUUUGGUCCAACUGAGAGAUGCCGCACCAUCUCCACAAACACUUACGUGGCAUGGUAAUACCAUCCACAAUUGGCUCCAAACCCUGAAGUCUGCAUUUACGGCUCUCUUUGAUCCAACUGGCUCCAAACCGCUGGGCUUGGGGGUUGAAUACUGUACUCUCUUUCCACGGCGAGGACAUGCCAAUAUCCAGAGCCAACAAUGUGCGUCCGAAAUUGCAGCAUUACUCUAUCCGGCACCCACAGAUUCCAGCCUGCCUCAGCUGAUCAAAUAUGUCUCCCACGUUGCAGUUAACGGGACUGACAAAUUAGCAGAAAGAGACAUAGUCACCCUUCGUCGAGCCAUAAUCGAAGCUCAUCAUGCUGCUCAACUGAACGACGACACCCAUGGGGACACCUGGAAAAGCCGCAUCAGUGCUCAGGGUCCGUGGAAUGAGACCGAGGAUCCUCUACCGCUUACUGGUGUUUCGUCACUGCCAAUGCCAGUCGAGAUUUCAGACGAGGAGAGCUUACGUCCGUUCUUUCAGCACCUGAGUGAAGGAGAAAAGAGCUGGGAUGAUGCACCAUCGAAAGGAAAAGAGGAAUACUAUCAUGUUGAUGUAGGCAUCUGGGACAAAGGGAUGCUCUACGUUGAUGGACGCAUGGAUCUGUGCAAACAGGUCCUCGGUCCUCUCAACAUCACUGCAUUGAUGCAGUCUCUUUCGACAAAUACUUCAGUACACCACUUCCUCCUCGGAAACAACGUGAUCGGCCCCGUAGGCGCCCAAGCAAUCGCAGAUUUCGUCCACCGCUAUCCCAACAAGAUCGAGACCUGGUAUCUCGCCGGAAAUUGCAUCGAUAGCGAGGGGUUCAGCCAGCUCAGCGCAGCAUUCGCGAAAAGCGAUAGUAUCACGAACAUCUGGCUGAAACGAAACCCUCUCGGCCCAGCAGCUGCAUUGAACUUGUAUGAGCUCAUCACGUCAGCGCCAAACCUCCGCACUCUCGACCUCGAUCAGACUGAACUCGGUGACGUUGGAGUCGCCAGGCUCUUCAACAACCUCAUCUUUGCCCAACUCAAAUCUGAGCCCGUAGCACUCCGCAAUAUCUACCUAAACGGCAACGGCAUAUCCACCAACGCUAGCGAAAAAAUCACCGCAUUCCUCUCCACACCAAAUUGCGCCCUCGAAAGUCUCUACAUGAGCCUCAACCCCAUCGGCGACGCAGACGCCAUCGUCCUUGCCCAGGGGCUGAAGCGAAACAAGUCACUACAGCGCCUGAGCAUCACGUCCGGCGGGAUCAAUUCAGACGGUGCUGCAGCAGUGCUCGAUGCGCUGCGUGACCAUCCGAGUCUAAUGACAUUGUGCCUCGGGCAGCACUUCGCGACCGAAGAUCUAGGGAUGCGCUACAACUACCUCACCGACAGCGUCGAAGAAAGCUUAAUCACAUUCAUCCGACAAAGCCGCGUCAAGAUGCUGCAGCUCGACACAACGGCCAUGAGCGUGAGCGUGCUCAACCGUAUUGCGAGCGCAGCUGCUCUAUCUGAGACGCUCCAAAAAUUUCACGUCAAAUCCAUCCACGGGAAUACGGAUAGAGAGGUCAAGGCACAGCUGAAGAGUACUUUGGAGCGGAACGUGCGAACUGAACAUGGUGAUGGGAUGACCUAUCAGGAAUUCGAAGCUGGGGAGAAGCGGUGGCUCGUGAGCCCGAGAGAUGUGCGGUUGAUCGAUAGUGGGUAUCGGAAUCAUGAUGCAGGGCUUGCUCGGAGGGGGAAGAUGGUGUUGAAGAAGGACUGGGAGGAUGAUGGGGAGACGAUACGCAGGGUGAUGAAUGCUGGGAAGGCAGUAGUGGGAGCUCGAGUCUGA